AUGGCUGAUGAAGAUAAGAAUGGUGGAAGUGGCGCUUGGUCAAGAGUCCCAACUUGGGACGGAGAUCCCGAAGGCUGGCGGGCAUUUCUGAAGGAGAUGCAUUGGUGGAUGAGCGCAUUGGACCUUGAAGGCACCAAGCGCUACAACUUGGCGGCUCGUUGGCUUCUCCGCCAAGGCGGGAUAGUCCGCCAGAGAGGCGAGGAGUUCUCGCCUGAAGAGCUCGAGUACCAGAAGGCCGUGAUGGCUUUGGAUCCUCAGACUGAGGAGGAAGUUGUGAUCACCCCUGAAGACCCGCUUGCAGGUUUGAAGAAGCUGUUGAAGGCCUUGGAGUCCAUCAACGGCAAGACGCUUUUGGACAAGCGCGGCGACCUGCGCAAUGCCUUCUACUUGGAGCUUCGCCGGAAGCCCGGCGAGCGGAUCUCGGAGUUCUGCACGAGAUUCCGUUCCGCAGUUGCUGGUCUGCGGAUGGAAGGGGUGACGCUUCCAUCAUCCGAGCUCGGAUGGUUCCUGAAGCAGAAGCUUGGCUUGGACGCCAUUCGGCAGCAGCUCUUGGAGACCGCCCUCCAAGGAAAGGAGACCUACGAGGAGACGGAAGUCGAGGUCCUCAGGUUGUUCAGAGAUCUUCAUGCUGCCGAUCCAUUGGCAAGGCGCUCCAAUGCAGAAGGGUUCAACAAGAAUCCCAUCAUGAACAAGUUCCUCUCUCAGCAGCCUCGCCAUCCGUCCUCCCGAGGUUCGUAUGCUGCUUCAACGGCCCCGUCGACGACAUCCUCAUUUGGCUCAGGUCGUUCAAGCACGACCUACAGGUCUGACCGUCCCUUCCCUCGUCGACAGAUGAGUCAACGGCAAGCCUAUGCAGCUGAGGCCGAUGAUGAGCUUCGUGAAGAGCCGGAACCUGAUGAUCCGGCCACUGAGCAUGAAGAGCAUUUCACCCUUGAAGAGGUGCUCCAGGCUGAAGCUGAGAUCCUGGCCACUGAGAUUGAGGAGGCUGUUGAUGACGGCAUUGGUGCCGACCUCAUCCAGGACGUUGAGGAUACGGUUGAAAGUGCUGCUGAAGCCUUGCUCACCAUGCGUGAGGCGCGCACCAAGUUGGCUGAAGUGAGAAAAGAUAGGGGCUAUGGCAAAGCCUCUCCAACCUCAUCGACCUCUUCACCCUCUCCGAAGAGCAAGCUGGCAUCCAAGAAGGGCAAAACGCCUUGUUUCGACUGCAACCAGCUUGGUCACUGGGCUGGAGACGCUGAAUGCCCGAAGCCGGGUGCUGGAUUGGGUCGCAAAGGGCCAAAGCAGGCUCUCAAGUCGGUGAAAGUUGUUGAGACCUUGAACACCGAGCACAUGGUUGGAGCCGACCACAUCGCUGAGGAGACAAAUGAGACCCUGACCGUUUCGUGUGUUUCUCGCCACAUGAGUUUGAAGGAAGCCCUCAACUCCAACCACACCAAAGAGGUCCUCGCCACCGGUCUUUCUGAUGACAAGAGGUUGGUCGGUGCCCUCGAUAGUGCUUGCAACCGCACGGUUUCAGGUUCGGAGUGGCUUCAAUGCUUCCUUCGAGGUCUAGAAGGUGCUCCCCAACAUGUUCGUGAACUGGUCACCACCGUGAAGGAGCACGAGGUCUUCCGGUUUGGAGAUGGUGGAACUCAGGUCACUUCAUGCUGCGACUUCUCCCUUCGCAAUGGGGAGGCAAGCCGUGUUGUGCAGGGCCUAGCUGAACUUCGACGGAGCAGCGCUUUGGUUCAAGCCUCAAUGGUCAGACGAUCCAAAGAUGGCGCCGCAUGGUCGAAAGACUCGCUGCUCGGCUGCGCUGGCACUUAUGGGGUGUUUUGCUGUGGCUUGUGCGGGCCCUCGAUGCGGUACGUGCCUCUCCCGUACCCAUCCAUCAGCUCUGUCAAGCAGUGGAAGCUCCAGGCCCAGACGAUGGAAGAUGCUGGAAUCCUUCCGAAAGGUUCGAUCCUCAAGGCCGAGCUCAACCAACACUUCAACGCCACGGCAAUGGCCGAUUGCAUUUGGCUGAGGAAUCGAAUGGGGCUACGCUACGCCUUCCUGGAGGAUCCAGUUUUGACCGGCAUGAUGGCUGGUCGAGCGGCAAAGGGCCUCACAGCCCGAGUGAAGAGCCAGGCCAUUGCAGAGGCCAAAGAAAAGGCUCAGGCGGCGAUGAAGGACGGGACAGCGGAACAGGAAGCCCGAGCUCUCAUUGGGCCACGUGGAGGACUGCCAACACUUCGCUCCGAUCUGGUCAAGCUGGCGGCAUUGCUCCAUGUUCCUUUGGAGGACAAGAUGACCGUGCCGCAGAUCAAGGAGAAGGAUCCACCUUCACCUGUCCGUCCACCAAACUUCAAGGCACCGCCGGCCGCCCUCAUGAAGUCUGGAUCGCCAGUGCGGGAACCAAGCUUUCAGUUGGCAGCAGAUCGUCGAAUGGCCGCACUGGAACAGAUGAUGAAGCAAGUGGGCACAGCGCUCGCAAACUUGCAAUCCUCCAGCGGUGGCAUGAACGCCUGGCAGACCGAAGGCCUGAUGCCGCAGCAGUUCAACUUGGACGGCAACUCGGAUGCCGACAUGAUCAGCCUCGAAGAGCUCUCUCCGGAAGCCCUUCGUCAGUUGCAGGAAGAUGCAGCCCACUCCAUGGAGAAUGUCUACCAAGAGCGCCUGGAGGCCCAAUAUGGAGACAUCGAUCCAGCCUUCCUGACACCCGAAGCGAAGGAGGCUUUGCUCAUUUCUCAAGCCUGGGACAAGCGCAAAAGAGAUCAGGCUGCGCGAUUUGGAGUUCGAGCUGAUCGCACCAGGAAUGCCUUUGUCAGUGAAUUUGAAGCCAACAUGAGCUCCUAUGUGAAUGAUGAAGUCUUUGUGCGUGCGAUUGACAUGGCUACUUGUUUGAACCCCUCUUCACAGUCAACGCCGGGCACUUCUUCCCUGAAGACUUCUUCACUGGAUGGUCCCUUUCUCUCUGAAGUGUACACCAACACUCAGCGGGUGAUGCGUGAAGCUUCGAAGCGAGGCCAUCGUGUGGGCACUCCUCUCAGCUUGGAGACAGGCUGGAACUUCCUUCUAGCCGACCAUCGUGAACAAGCCAAGCAAUUGAUCAGAAAGGAAAAGCCUUACUUCCUGAUGAUCGCAUUUCCUUGCGGCCCUUUCUCGCCUUUGAUGAAUUUGAAUCCCUCAACCAACCUGGAGGAGAUCUUGGAGAAAGGCCGUGUGCUUAUGAACUUUGCACUGGAGUUGGCAGCAAUUCAAUUGGAAGCUGGUCGCCACUACGUCCUUGAAAAUCCACGGCCUAGUGCUGCUUGGAAAGAGCCCUCAAUGAUCAAGUUUUUGGACAAGAAAGAAGCUGUCACUGCAGAUUUCGAUCAAUGCAGGUUCAACCUUCGCAGCGCUCUUGGUGGCCUACAUCGCAACACUACACGGAUUGCUUCGUCGAGCCCUACCGUGGCUUCAAGAUUGGAUGGCAAGAAGUGCAUGCGCACUCAUGGCCAUGAUCAAGUGAUUGGAGGGAAGCGCGUCACAGCACCCGCUGGUCACUACCCAGGUCCACUGGCACGCGCCUUGGUGCUUGGGAUGGAGGAUCAAUUCCAUCGUGAAGCUUCGAAGGUCUCUGAAGUUCUUGCGGUUGGCCAUGGCAACCCUGAGGCUGAGGAGGAGGAUUUUGCCUUGCCCGCUGCUGCUGACAGCGAGACUGAUGAUGAUGACGGCGCCAGCGCUCCUGAUGCAAAGAUUCCAGCUGCAAUCCGUGCCGCAGUUGCCCGCCUCCAUGACCAAACUGGUCACAGAAGCAACAGAAGAUUGGCUCGUGCGCUCACCAUUGCAGGUGCGCCUGCUUCAGCCAUCCAGGCUGCAAAACAGCACAAGUGCUCCAUCUGUGCUGAAAGAGUUGCACCAAAGAGUCAACGUGUUGGUUCAUUGCCAAACCCCAGAGAUGUGUCUGAUCAAGUCCACAUCGACCUGCUCGAGGCUGAAGACUGCAAGGGCACCAAAUACUACAUCCUCCACUGCACCGACUUCUGCACGAGAUUUCAAAUGAGCCAGAUCUUUGAACGGAAAACGGCAGCUGCAGUGGUGGAGUUCUUGCAGACAAGAUGGAUGCCUGUUUUUGGUCCCAUGCGAGUUCUGGUGGCAGAUCAAGGCAGAGAAUUCAUCUCGCAUGAGCUUCAGAACUUUUGCUCCAGUCACUCCAUACUCCUAUGGCACAUUGGAGUGGGUGCGCCUUGGCAAAACGGCAUCGCAGAAAGAUCAGGAGGAAUACUGAAAACCAUCCUCCAGGCAGUGGUGAUGGCGAACUCCGUCAUUGGACACCAUGAGAUGAGCUUGGCACUUGGUGAGGCAACUUCCGCCUACAACCAGGACAUCAAUGACAGUGGUGUGAGUCCAUGCCAAGCUGCCUUGGGGAGACAACCAAAGAUCCAAGGCGAUGUUCUGUCGGACAUCCAAGGCCGGUUGGCCGAACAUGACCUCCUGGACUUCAAGCCGUCCCACGUUCGCCUGAUGGCCCUUCGUGAGACUGCCAAGGUGGCGAUGACAAGAUUGCACUUCAGCAGAGGCUUGAGGCGUGCUGAGUUGUCCAGAAGCCGGAACAGCACCAUCCAAGAUAUCCCUGAGCCUGGAUCCAUUGUCUACUUCUUUCGAUUCCAGAAGUACAACAACCGCAACACUGGCCAUCGCAGACGGCUGACUUUGCGAAAGUGGCAUGGUCCUGGCCUACUGGUCGCUGUUGAGCAAGGCUCUGAGGGCAACAUUGGAGCAAAUGCAUACAUUUCCUUCAAGGGGCAGUUGACAAAGUGUUCACUAGAGCAUGUGAGAAAGGCGAGCCCCAUGGAGCAGAUCACUGCCGGAGAUUGGGAGGAGGCAAUUCGAGAAGCAGUUGAAUCUUCGCUGCAUGACCUCACUCGCAGCGGACUGGCUGACGCCACUCAACCUCCUGCUCUUCAAGAAGAUGAACCCGCAGCAGAUCUGGACUAUGCUCCAACUAGUGAUAGCGAGGCCGCUCCCUCUCCUGCUGAUGAACCGUCGCCUCCUGUCAACAUGUUCAACCCUGCAUUUCCUGUGGUUGGUCCUACACCGCCAGUUGGUGAUCUUCCGCCAGUACGACCUCAAGAGAUGGUUGAUGCUGUGAUUGGAGGAGCUGAUGCCUCUGGUUCUCGACUGCCUUCGCAGGUUGGAACUAUGACGUCUAGGAUGACGACGCCCUGGACUCGCCAGAGCACACCCAUGACUACGCCUUUGACGGCGCCUAUGUGGGCUGGAGCGAGGAGGCCUUCUACCUCUUCACUGCCUCGUCUGCAAGAGCAAAUUGAGCGAGCCCGCACUAUGGACAAGCGUCCUGCAGAGCUUUCCACGGAGACACUUCGCUCCUUGGCUGAAAGAGAUGCUCCCGUUGCACCUCCCGCUGAAGAACCUCGACACCUUCAUGACACCAAUGUCGUGAGCAAGGAAGAUGUGCUUUCCAUUUUAGACCGUGGAGCUGAAGUGCACCCUCUGGUUCGCUUAUACUGCGAAGCUUGCGUUGAUCGCGCUAAUCCUCUCGAUGCACGAGUACAAGAUCAUGGAUCCUGGGAUGGGCGUUGGGGACUUCCCUCACGCACUGAGUGGCUGACUCGCCAACGAGUUGGGCUUUCCUGGCCCAAUGGAUCCGAUGACAUCAAUGAGGCUAUGGCUGUGCAAGCUGCUCGCAAGGAGUACUAUUGGCGCUCCAUGAAUCCCUCUCAAAAGGUGGCCUUUGAAGAAGCCGCGAAGACUGGUUGGAGCGUGUGGACGACCAAUGAUGCUGUGGAGGUCCUCGAUGAGAAGACUUCGGCUCGCGUCCGAGCUGAGCUGCGAUCGAAGCGAGAAGAUUGCAAGAUCCUGACACCUCGCUGGGUCUUCACGGACAAGAAUGAUGGGCUUCGCACCAAGGAGAACAAUUUGGGCAUCAAGGCUAGCGCAAGACUGGUCGUGCCUGGUUUCCGAGAUGUGCUUUCCUUUUCCUUGCGCAAGGACGGUUUGCGCGGUGAACCUCAACUUCCUUUUGGCGCCCGUGGCUUGGCGCGUGUGAAAAAGGGAGUCUUUGGCUUGAGCGAUGCACCAAGACAGUGGUACCUUCGCCUGCACCGAGCUUUGAGCGAGCUUGGUUGGGAGAGAAACUUCAUGGAUCCCGCUUGCUGGAUGCUUUGGGACAGCAAGCAUGAGCAGUUGCUUGGUAUUUGCCUCUCCCAUGUAGACAACCUGCUGGUUGGUGGUUGCUCAGCAGCUCGUGAGAGCAUCCUCUCCCUGGAGAAGACGUUGGGUUUUGGUUCAGUUGAACACAACUCCUUCAACUACUGCGGGAAGAAGAUUUCCCAGGACUUGACCACCGGCGUGAUCACUGUCACCAUGAAGGAGUACCAUGAAAAUGCGCGUCCAGCUGUGGCGCCGCUUCAUCGUCGAAGCGAUCCCAAUGAGCCCUUGACUGGAGCUGAGCAAAAGCAACUUCGUGCUUUGCUGGGUUCACUGCAGUGGAUGGUGGCGCAAGUAAGAGUUGAUCAAGCCUUCGCCCUCAGCACUCUCCAAGGAGAACAGCCUCAGACGAUCGGCGCACUCCUGCGCUGCAAUCAGCUUCUGAAGCAGAUGAAGCUGACUUCUGGUUUUGGCUUGACCUUCAGGCCUAUGGAUCUGGAAGAUGCUGGAGUGAUCGUGGUGACGGACUCGUCGCUUGGCAAUUUUGUGAGAGGAGUGGUUGCUUCCUUUCGUGGCCUGCCGAUGGAAAAUCGGUAUGCUGAGAGCGUCAUGGACGUGAUCCGCAUGAUGGUGGUGGUUGACGCCAAGGACGUCUUUGACAAGUGCUCCUCGGAUUCCACCUAUGGGAGUCAGAAGAGUCUGGCCUUUGCAGUUGCUUGGAUGCGCUCCAUCCUUCGCCGGCCAGGCACCUCACUGAAGUGGACGGCCACUGAGAACAUGAUCGCCGACGGAGGCACAAAGGUCAUGGACAUGCACCACCUCCGAACCACGCUCGACAGAGGAAGAUGGUCAGUGAAAUUCAAUACUGAUUUCAUCAAGGGCAAAAGCAAGGUCGCAAAGAAGAAGGCCGAGCCCUGUGUUGAGCUGCCCGGUGAGCCGAUGCGUGAGAGUCACCCUGUUUUUCCAUAUGUCCACCAGCUGGCAGACAGGCCUGGCUGGCACUUUGAAGUUGAUUUGAUUUUGCAGGUUGCUCGGCACGCUCGAUCCUUCAGAUCGCCCAAGCCCAGAGUUGAUGUAAAGCAUUUUCCUUUUCGAAGCACCUACGGACGCUUCGAUUUGAAGUCAGGAGCCUCAGAAUGGAGGACUUUGGAAGAGGCGGUCGAGCUCGACCAUUUGAGCAACACUCAAGCGGCCCUAGGAGCCACGGCAGCGAUCCUUUGCACAGUGUUCAUGAAGAAUCCACAUCCUCAAUCCACAAAAGAAGACUAG